CACCAACAGCGUAAAUCUACCAAAGCAUCACCACCGUCACAACGCACAUCUCUCUUGUCAGUAGUCGCUGCACUACCUCGUCGUCGUUCCCUAAAUUCAGCAACCACCAUCGCUACAUUGCUUUAUAGCGCUCGACGCUAUUUGCCGGUAGACAUGGCGCCCUCCAGCAAGAAUGCUGCUGCGUCCAAGGACCGACGGAAGUCGAACAACAGCACGCCUAUAACUAGCAUCUCAAGUGCAGGCUCGACCAAGCCUUCACGCAUCGUCAAGCUCAAGGUGUCGAGCGUGAAGUUGCGGGCUAUUGUAGACCCGAAUCAUGUCAAAGACGAGACUUCGGCCAAGCCGUCGCCCGCUGCGGCGCCCAACUCUAAUACGGAGAGCGCGUCGGAGUCAACUCUCAACUCGCCUCCGGCUGGCACACCUGCAGCCCAGUCUGCCAUCAUGGGACCGCCCGCCGAAGGUCCCAAGAAGAAAGGGGUCAAGAGAAGUGCCGGUGCUGCUGCGAAUGGCAACGGCGAACCUAAACUGCGGGGGAGGCCCGGCCCGAAGAAGAAGCAGAGACUCGAUGAUGGGACCAUCGAAGGCGGGCGCGGCUCCGUUGCCCCCCACAAACUCGGUCCUAAGGCCAAUCAGGGCGCCAUCAACGCCGGCCUCCGGGCGCUCGACCGGUCGGGCAAACCCUGCCGGAAGUGGACCAGAGGCGGCUUCAAGCUGAAGAGCUUCACGGGCGUCGUCUGGGAAAUUCCGAGAUGGACGGCACCGCCAAAGCCUCAGCCAGAGUCAUCGGCCGAAGGGUCCGGGCCUGCAUCUGUUGACAGCAGCAACAAGGAGAACAAGGAGGACGCCAGCCAGCUCAAGAGUGAGGCGAGCAACAAUGGCGGGGAUAUCGACAUGCAGAGUGCCGCAAGUUUCGCUGCCGAUAAUUCGCCAGCACCUCUGGCCCUCACCGCUAACUGAGGCGACUACGCCUGGGUCUAAUGCUUCUAUCACUUCAGCUUUCUGUAUUCGGGUUGUCAGGUUUUUGGGAAGUUCACUCGGGCGGUACAACAGGGGAGUUCGGGCGUUGUACAAUGGGUCAACGGAAAAGGGAGU